AUGGAUCCAAGCUUGUUAAAAGAACUUGAGCUCUUCAAGAAACGAGCCCUCUCCAAUCCGUCAGGAGAAAAACAUCCAGUACUUUCUAAGUCAUCCUCAUCUUCCAAGAAGAAGAAAGCCAAGGUUGAGCAGGGAGAAUCGUCAGGCUCAAAACAAAAUUCAGAUCACAGUAAUGGAUCCUUUAACUUCAAAGCCCUUUCCGGAGGCUCAGGAUACAAAUUUGGAGUUCUUGCAAAGAUUGUAAAUUACACGAAGAACCAACACCAGAGAGGCGACACACACCCACUGACUUUAGAAGAAAUUUUGGAUGAAACUCAGCAUUUGGACAUAGGAUUGAAGCAGAAACAAUGGCUGAUGUCUGAGGGGCUAGUCAACAACCCCAAAAUUGAAGUAGUCGAUGGGAAGUACACCUUCAAGCCCAAGUACAACCUGAAAGAUAAGAAGGCCUUACUUCGGCUUCUAGACAAGCAUGACCAGAGACGCUUGGGAGGAAUCCUCCUAGAAGACGUUGAGGAGGGACUGCCCAAUGCCCAGAAAGCCAUCAAAGCCUUAGGGGACCAGAUCAUCUUUGUCACACGUCCUGACAAGAAGAAGAUCCUUUUUUUCAGUGAUAAGAGCUGUCAGUUCACCGUGGAUGAAGAAUUUCAAAAACUUUGGAGGAGCGCUACUGUGGAUUCUAUGCAUGAGGAGAAAGUUGAAGAGUAUCUCAAGCAACAGGGUAUUUCUUCCAUGCAGGAGUCUGGACCGAAGAAAGUGGCUCCCAUUCAGCGAAGGAAGAAACCUGUCUCACAGAAGAAACGGAGAUUCAAGACUCACAAUGAGCACUUGGGUAGGGUCUUGAAGGAUUAUUCUCACAUUGCUCCGGGCAAACAGUGA